GGUUGCGUCACCUGAGCCACUUCCGGGUUGGUCCGACUCCCACAACUCGUGACAGAAUAUUUACAUCCAGUGAAGCUGCAGGAGCAUAAACUCUUCCAAACCACCGCUGGUAUCAACUCAUGUGGCCAGAAGAGCCCGGAGGAGAAGUUCAAGAUGAUUAUCCGGAGAUGAGUGGGCAGUUAAAGCCGUAAAACACGAGCCAUGUGGAGAGUUCAAGGACUUGUUGGCAGAGUUCUACAUCGAUGCCAUAGCAACACCCCCCUGCGUCUGCCCCAGAGCCACCACGUGGAGGAUGAAGUUCUUAACACCUCGAGUGUCCUCUCCACCUCUCGACACUCCUCAGACUGCAGCUCUCAGAAAGCUGAGGAUGGAGAGAGGAGGAAAAAGAAGAGGACCUUUCACUUCACUAAUGCUGGACUCCCACGUUACACAGUCCUGGAUGCUAUGGGAUGGGGUGCUGCAGCGGUUCUGUUCAUGCAGAUCUGCAGGAUCUACUCCCAGUUCUCCUCUGGUUCUGAACCCAGUCCUAGUGCUGGAGCCUUGACGGUGUCUCCUGGCCUGCCAAAGUGUGGAUACCGCAUCCUGCUAGAGAUCUUAUCUAGGCGUGAUGUCCUGCCCAGAGGACAGAAUGUGUUGUGUCUGCAUGGGAUCCCAAAGAAACAGAACCAAGACCAGACCCACAGUCAGACCAUCAGUAGCACCAGUACAAGUGAAGCCACUGGCCCCAGCAGCAGUGAACAGGACCACCUGCCUACUGACAGCACCGACUCAGACCACCAGAGGGCACCACUGAACCAGGAUUCCCCUUUGCUUGAGGAAUGUCUGCUGUCGUCAUCUUGUCCUUUGGAGAACAAUAACAACAACAACAAAACAACAGACGUCAAUGACGGAAAUGUCUUGUCUGAUGAGGAGAAGCUGGAAGAAGCAGCACUGAACCUCAAACAUGUGGGAGACACCAGUGUUCCUGUUAUUCUCAACAUCAUAGGUUUAGAGAGUGUGAAGAGUAAGAACUAUGAGGAAGCUUUCACCUGCUUUUUAGCUGCAGCUCAGCAGGGUUACAGCAAGGCCCAGUUUAAUACUGGUGUGUGCUACGAGAAAGGCAGAGGAGUCCGCAAGGACAAAGAAAAGGCUCGGCAUUACUACUGGCAGGCAUCCGUUAGUGGUCACACACAGGCUCAGUACCGCUAUGCAAAGCUGCUGCUGACCAGCAGGGAGCAGCAGAGUGAAGAAGAACUAAAGACAGCCAUAAACCUGCUGGAGAAGGCAGCUGCAGCUGGACUCACUAAGGCUCAGGUCUGCCUGGCCUCAGUCUACUCUCAGGAGCUGGUGAAAGAUGAAUGCAAGUCUGUCCAGUACCUGAAGAUGGCAGCAGAGAGAGGAGACGGCACCGCCCUGCUGCUCCUGGGUCAGUGUUUUGAGAACGGCUUUGGGGUGCAGCACAAUCCACAAACAGCGAUUGAAUACUACACACAAGCAGCAAAAGCAGGCAACCAACAGGCUAAGAGCUUACUGAAGUCUACUGAUACCAGAGGCAGCACGGUUGAGGACACACUGUUGCGCUCCAUCCGUUCAUCUCCGUGUUUCUCUGUGGCCGACCUUCGUUUCCAGCAGCCACUCUCCUCUUUGACCAGUGGUGUCAUUUCCUCCAACACUCACCCCGUCACCCUUCCCCUCAUGCCUCACUCCUGGAGCACCGGGAGUCUCUGCGUCCCUUCGACUCUGCCUCACCACCCCCAUCCCCAGAGCGCUGAGGGAGAGGCCUGUAAAUGGACUGUGGGGAUCGGAUAGUUACCUGAAUGAGCACAGGCUGAACUGAGGAAUGUAUUUUAUAGGUUCUUAUCAUGGAAGAAAGGUCAAAGUGUGUUGGGGUUUUUUUUAUAUUGGGGCAUCUGGGGGAGUGUGAGGUUAGAUUUGUAUAAGUAUGUGAGUUUAUACGCAAGUCCAACAGAACUUAUUACACUUAAUUUCAUAAUAUUGUUUAUAUGUGAAUGGAAACUGUUGUGUGUUCCUAUACAAUUAUGUUGUUCUGUGUGUCCCUUUUUUAAUAUAAGCUCUUCUGACAGAAAGUCUGAAUUCAGUGCCUAUGGGAGGUUUCAUCUUUCUCUUCCUUCUAAUGUGAAAUGAAUUGCAUAAAAAGAGGUUAAUGCUCGUAUUAUAUCCAGUGAACCAUAAAGAGUCACACUACUGAAACAAAGUGCUUUAUAUUAGUGCCGUUCUUACCCCAAUUAUACAGUUUCUACACAGGAAUGGAGCUGUUGAAGAUGAAGCAACCUGUUAACGCUCUGUGAUGUGGAUGUUCCACCUUUAGACGCACAUAUUAA